AUGCUUCACAAAGUCGUUGUGAAUACCUACAACCUUUGCGUCGUGGUCUUCGUGGCUAUUGGCACAAUUGCAAGUGCUUAUGGCCUGGCAAUUAUCGGGUCGACCGUCGGGCAACCGAGUUUCUAUACAUACUUCCAAUUGCCCGCUGAGGGCCAGCCAGGAUAUGCACACACUACGAACAUGAUUGGCGCCCUCAACGGUAUAAACUCAGCUGGUGCGAUUUUAGGAUGUUUAGGACAAGCCUGGACUGCGGAUUACUUUGGCCGCAAGCGAACUAUGCAAUUCGGAUGCGUCAUAUUGAUUAUUGGAGGUACAUUGUGCUCAGGCUCAGUCAACAUGGGAAUGUUCCUUGCGGGUCGUUUUGUCGCAGGUAUGGGUGCGGCUGUCUUGGCUUGUAUUGUGCCGAUAUACCAGGCUGAGGUCUCAACUGCUGAGAGUCGCGGCGCAAUGGUCUGCGUCACUGGAAUUAUGUAUGCCGUUGGAUAUGCGUUGGCAGGAUGGCUUGGAUUCGCAUGUUAUUAUAUGAAAGCAACUAGCCCCUACGCAAACUUUGCCUGGCGAUUCCCGCUGGCCUUCCAAGUCACCUUUCCCUUGAUUGUUCUCGCGGGGAGUUCAUUGAUUCCAUUUUCUCCUCGCUGGUUACUGCAACAAGGCCGUCAUGAUGAAUCGUUCGAAAUUGUUAAACGCUUGCACAAAACACCAGAUGAUCUGGAUGACACGAGAGCCAAACAAGAGUUCAUCCUGAUCGAGAGACAGUUUGAGCAUGAUCGGUCGAUGACAAUGCGGCGAUUCGAAAUCUUCCGGACCUCCUCCAAUCGUCGACGCGCUUUUACAGCAGUCCUUCUUAUGGCUGGUAACCAAUUUUUGGGUUGUUACGUUAUUGCCAACUACGGUGUGCUGAUAUACAGCUAUCUUGGUAUGACUGGUGGAACCCCACUCUUGCUUAACGCUUGCUGGACGACCUUUACCCUCGUCGGCAACACCUGGACUGCUUUCUACUUGGAUCGCGUCGGCCGGCGAACAUGUUUGCUGAUCGGAUCUACUGGUUGCACUAUAUCUACGAUAUUCCUCUGUGCGCUAUCGGCUCAAUAUUUGGGAACUAAUGAUAUGCCUGGCCUCAGGGCAACUGUCUUUUUUACCUUCUUAUUUAUCUUUUGGUGGUGUUUUUUUAUGGAUGCGACACAGUUUGUGUACGUCGCCGAAAUAUUCCCUAAUCACCUCCGGGCCCAGGGAGUCGCAAUCGGUCUCAGCGCCUUCUACCUUACCUCCGAAGUUACCUUGGUUGCUGCGCCAGUGGCUCUCAACACGAUUGGGUGGAGAUUCUACCUUGUAUUGAUUGUUCCUUCUCUGUUUUAUAUAACCGCCAUUUAUCUCCUCUUCCCAGAGACCAAGGGCCGGACAUUGGAAGAGAUAGGUGCUUUAUUUGGCGAUGCAGAAAAUGUGGUGUCUCACUGGUAUGAUGCCAACGAAGAGGAUCGCGAGAAAAUUGCCAGAGAGGCAUUGGAUGAGAACACUGGCAUCCAUGAUAAAGAACCGAAACCAGCUGCCGUUCAUGCGGAGGUGUUAUGA